GUAAGCGGGGGAGUACGCGGUGGAGCUGCACACGAUGCUCUUCGCAGUCAGGGUUUAUUUCAGAAGAAGUGGCAGGGGCGUUUUGCGGUGCUGUCUUGGGCACGGACUUCCCCCGUGCUUGAUCUCCCGGUGCUAGGUAGGACCUGUCAUCCUCAACCGGAGCCUUUUAUUCGCUACGAAAGAGCGCAAACUCUUCUUGAAUCCUGCCCCCUUUAUUGAAUUGCGGUGAAGGACACAGAAGCAACAAAAUGGGUCCUGAUGGCCAAAGGCUGACCUGCUUGCCAGCUGCGGCGGCGCCGGUUGUGGUUGUCGAAUUGGAUUACGGAGAUGAGGAUAAGCCGCAGGAAGUUUUCCUUAAGGAUUACAAGCCUACACCUUACACAUUUGAGACGGUGUACUUGAAUUUUGAGCUUGGCGAAGAGGUCACAUUCGUGUCGUCCCGAAUUCGUGUGAAGCCACAAUGUAGUGGGCAUGUUGGUGUCGAAUUGCAAGGGCCGUUCCAUCCUUCGCCUUUGAUACUGGAUGGGAGUGAUCUGAAGCUAUUGGAAAUAAAGAUCAAUGGGGAUAAGUUGGCAAGCGAAGCGUACCGAGUCACAUCGAAAAGACUGAUCAUUACGAGUCCUCCUCCUGGCGCCUUCGAUCUGGAGGUGAGAACAGAGAUCGAACCUCAGAAUAACACGGCUUUGGAGGGUUUGUACAAGUCGAGCGGCAAUUUCUGCACACAGUGCGAGGCAGAAGGAUUCCGGAAGAUUACGUACUACCUCGAUCGGCCGGACGUGAUGGCGGUCUUCACCGUCCACAUUGUCGCAGACAAGAAACAGUAUCCGGUUCUUCUGUCGAAUGGCAACCUUGUGGCGGAGGGUGACCUUGAGGACGGUAAGCACUUCUGCACAUGGGAAGACCCCUUUAAGAAACCCUGUUAUCUGUUUGCGCUUGUUGCUGGGGAUCUGGCCUGCACGGAGGACAGCUUCGUCACCAAAUCGGGAAGGCAAGUCACUCUUCGGAUCUGGGUUCAAGAGCACAACAAGACGAAAACAGGGCAUGCCAUGCAGUCCCUCAAGGCGGCAAUGAAGUGGGACGAGGACGUGUUCGGUCUUGAAUACGAUCUUGAUCUCUUCAACAUUGUGGCGGUGGACGAUUUCAACAUGGGAGCCAUGGAGAACAAGAGUCUGAACAUAUUCAACUCGCGGUUGAUUCUGGCUUCGCCGGAGACGGCCACGGAUGCCGAUUAUACGUCGAUUGAGGGGGUUGUGGCGCACGAGUAUUUCCAUAACUGGACAGGCAAUAGAGUGACGUGCCGCGACUGGUUCCAGCUCAGCUUGAAGGAAGGGCUGACCGUGUUUCGCGAUCAGGAGUUCUCUUGCGACAUGAAUUGUCGACCCGUUGCUCGGAUCGGCGAUGUGUUGUUCUUAAGGAUGUCCCAGUUCCCAGAGGACGCGUCCCCGAUGUCCCACCCUGUGAGACCGGCAAGCUACAUAAAGAUGGACAACUUCUACACCGUGACGGUCUAUGAGAAGGGUGCGGAGGUGGUCAGGAUGUACAAGACCCUCUUUGGGAAAGAGGGGUUCAGGAAGGGCAUGGAUUUGUAUUUCCGCAGACACGAUGGACAGGCAGUCACCUGCGACGACUUCCUUGCGGCUAUGAGGGACGCCAAUGACGGGAAUAUGGGAAACUUUGCGAGGUGGUACUCUCAGGCGGGCACCCCGGAAUUGACAGUGGCAACGAGCUAUGAUGAAAAAGCGAAAACGCUCACGCUCAGGUGCAGCCAGCAUGUUCCUCCAACCGCAGGCCAACCUCUGAAGGAACCGGCAUUCAUCCCGUUUGCUGUAGGUCUUCUUGGGAAGGACGGGAACGACAUUCCUCUCCAUGCUGUGUACGAUGGCUCGAAGUUGCUUGACCUUGGUGGCAAAGAUGUCUUCACAGCAGUGCUUCGGGUGGAAGAGAAAGAGCACGUGUUUACCUUCACCGGGAUUCCGGAGAGACCGAUUCCCUCUCUGCUUCGCGAUUUCAGUGCACCUGUUCGUCUCUUCCACGAUUUAACAGACGAAGACCUCGUCUUCCUGCUUGCACACGACUCCGAUGCCUUCAAUCGUUGGGAGGCAGCGCAGACCCUCGCAAAGAAGCUGAUGCUCGAUCUGGUGAAGAAGCAGCAGAAGGGGGAGGAACUCGUCAUGCAUGACGGCUUUGUUAAUGCCAUUGGCAGUGUCCUCACUGACAAAUCGCUUGACAAAGCGCUUAUCGCCCGCACGGUCACAAUGCCCAGCCAGACGGAGCUGGCAGAUCUUAUGGAUGUAGCCGAUCCUGACGCAAUCCAUUUCGUUCAGAGGUUUGUAAUUCGACAGCUGGCAUUGCGUUUGAGAGCGCAGCUUAUGGAGGUGUAUGUCAGUAAUCAGAGUGACGAACCGUAUGUGCCAGACCAUCCUAGCAAAGCAAGACGGAGCUUGAAGAAUGCAGCUCUGGGCUAUCUUUCGUACCUAAACGAGCCGGAAAUCACGGCGAUGGCCAAAGAAGCCUUCGGCUCGGCGAAGAAUAUGACAGACCAAUUUGCAGCCUUGGCAGCAUUGGCAAGGAACCCUGGCGAGGAACGAGAGAGUGCACUGGACUCGUUCUACAAGCAGUGGGAGAAAGAUCCACUUGUUGUGAACAAGUGGUUGGCCUUACAGGCUAUGUCUGAAAUCCCGGGUAAUGUCGCAAAGGUUCGACAGCUUUUGGUGCACCCGUCAUUCGACAUCAAGAACCCUAAUAAGGUGCGGUCGGUGGUUGCUUCCUUCAUGGCGUGUCCGAUCAAUUUCCAUGCCGCUGACGGGAGUGGGUAUGAGUUUGCAGCAGACAUGGUGAUCAGAUUGGAUCCAAUCAACGCACAGGUGGCAGCGAGACUGGCCGGGGGAUUCAAGCGAUAUCGGAAGUACGACGAAAAGCGUCAAGCACUUGUGAAGGCACAGCUGGAGAGGAUUUCUGCCGCCAAUGGGCUGUCGGAGAAUGUGUUUGAGAUUGUGACCAAGUGCCUGACAGCUUAAAAGUUUCCCUGGCUUGGCCCUAUUUUCUUUCUCACCAGUAACUGUGGGAGAUAACAAUGGCAGUCGAUAGAAAGAAAGAAAGAAAGAAUGGUACUACAGUCUCAUCCAUAUUUCUUCUCUCUUCUGCAUGGACGUUGACUGCAUGCAUGGUAUGUUUGGAUGCUGGAAGAAGAUUGGUGGCCAGCUGUGGCAUUGGUUCAGGUAAAUGAUCGACUCUGCGGGCUAGUUGUAUCGUCUGCGCACCCCUCAUAGAUGGCAACUGGUGUCCGAACCCCGCCAGAGUUCCCACUUGCUUGUCAUCCUUGCACAACCUGCAAGCUCUUUGUGGGUGUUCACUUGCGGUAUCAGUUUAUCUGGUUUGCACGGCCCGCUCCAGAGUCGGCAAGCCCAUGGAGUGUGAAUAGCUCAGAAGAUGCAUGUGCAGAUCGCACAGCAUCUUGCUUGCAUGUGCAGAUCGUACAUCAUCUUGCUUGCAUGUGCAGAUCGCGCAGCAUCUUGCUUGCAUUUGCAGACUGUAUGACAUCUUUGCUUGCAUGUGCAGAUCGCACAGCAUCUUGCUUGCAUGUGCAGAUCGCACAGCAUCUUGCUUGCAUGUGCAGUUUCGUAUGACUGCUAACGCAAGCAACUUCAAACAAACACUGUCCACCAUCGCUUGUGUGGGCUUGCCGGUUAUAUAUCAAUCGUAUGCAUCUCCAAACUCUGCUGGAUGUCGAUUUCAGUCCACUGUGCGCGAGAAGUGCCUGUAUGUGCCACUGCGUAUUGUAGGUAGGUAGGCGCUCAGUUUUGCCGAAAUUGAGAAGCACCUCGGGUGUUGCUACGUUUCUCCCAGCGAGUGCAGCGCGGAUGAAAAAAAAAGAACAUGGCAAUCGACACAGGGCUUUCUGCUGCUAAUUCAUUGACGUCGCUGUGUAUGUUAAUUUGUUGACGUCAUGGUCUUACCCUGUUCGGUGAGGUGGCACUGUGUGCCGCGCAGGGCAUUCCUUUCUUCGCCUUUCGUGCAGCAUUACUCUUUUGUAGUACUCACUUCGCUGUGGGGUGAGGGACGAGUCAUUCUGUACAUGUACAUGGGCAACGGUCAUUCAGACUGUGAAGAUGAGCGACGGACUGACGGACUGAUAAGGAGUUGGGUAAGGCCUCUUACCCAUGGUAUCAAAUGAGGGCCUGACAGUCACUGUGGUGGGUUAAUGCAGCUGUUCCCCAACUUUUCAUACUUUGGAGGUGGACAUCAUUAUUACGACCUUGUGGUUUUUGAUAACCUGAUAUCCAAGUUUAGCAUUUCACGUCUCAUUUGUGGCCCUGUGGAGAUGGAUACCCAUUCAGUGAGCGAGUACCGUAGUGUUUAUUGUUGCGGGGACCGGCAAGAGUGCCAAAUGAUGGUGUAGAAGUCAGCAUUUAAUGAAUUGUUCCUUUGUGU